AUGUCGAUCAAACCAGCGGAAAGUCCUCGAACGCCGACCAGGACGGGAUACGCACGCCUUGAGCAGAACAGCGAAGCCGACAGUCAAUCUGCCACUGAUGCCUGGACUGUGGAGGUCAUAACAGACGAGGAGGAGUGGUCAUAUGACUUUAACUCAUCAGUUGAAGAGUCCGAAGGUGAAGACAGGAGAGACACCCCGGUGAAGAAGCCUUCCCAUUGCUGUAAGCUCUUCAGCUCCACGAAAGGGAUCCUGGCAGCGCUGCUGGCCAGUGGGGUGCUGUCGGGAUUCAUCCCCAUCCUGAUCAGACUGCCUGAAGACUCCGAGAACAUCUCAAUGCUGCAGAUCCUCCUGCUCUGUUCCCUCCUUCACCUUUUGGUCUCCAUCUUCCUGCUGUGUCACCGCAAGAACCGGACUUGGAUGUGUUUGGGCCCCAAACAGACUUGGCCACGUGGUCUCAUUUUCAGCCUCAUCCAGCUCAUUUGUAUGGGCUGUGCAUACACCUCCUUCACAGACGUGCCUAUGGGCCUCACGACCACUGUAACAAAAGGUUCUUACGCAAUCUCGUCUACGGUCAUAGUGCUGUGCAUUGCUAAUUUCAGCCUUUCUGCUUGCACCUACAUGGGGCUCUUUUGUACUUUAUUGGGUCUGCUCAUCUCAACGCUCCCAGGCUUCAUUCACAGUCACUCCAACCUUGAUUUGAAUGUCUUCUUAGGGUACACCUUAGCCUGCCUGGGGGGAGCGGCCCGAUCCGUUGGUUUGAGUAUUUUUCAGUCCUUCACACACAAGGCCAAAUUUCAUGGGGCUCUCGUUUUGUUUGGAGUAGUGGGCUGCUUGAUCUGUGGUCCUGCCCUUCUGUUUAUCCCACUGGUCUGGCCAGGUAGGGUCAUAUCCUGGGUUUGUAUGCUCACCAUUGCUCUCUUGGGACUUGUCAUAUUCAUGGCUUCCAACUAUGCUGUCACCAUGAUUCACCCUGUCCUGGUGUGUGGCCUGCUGCAGUCCGAAGUAGUGACCUCCUUCAUUAUCCAGUCAGUCACACUGAAGGAUCCGGUUGGGGUCCCUGAAAUCAUUGGAAGCUGUGUGACUGCAGUGAGCUUCGUACUCUUGAUUGUUGAAAGUAUAAAGCAGGAUGCUUCCCGAAAAAACAAGAAUCCCCAUGAUGGGUCAGAAGAGAAGAAAUCACUCAUCCCAGCCAGUAUGUAA